AUGGCUGGGCCGGAUCAACAGUUGAGCCAGUCGGGUUACCAAUACCGCAAGAUCUAUAGGUACGAGGCGCCAUGGCCCGUGUACGCCAUGAACUGGAGCGUUCGGGCUGACCAGCCCUUCCGCCUGGCACUGGGAAGCUUCGUGGAGGAGUAUGGUAACAAGGUACAGCUGGUGAGCCUCGACUCUGACCGGGGGGAUUUCCUGUGCAGCUACACCCUGCGGCACCCCUACCCGGUCACCAAGGUUAUGUGGAUCCCUGACCCUCAGGGCGUCCAUCCAGACCUGCUGGCCACUAGCGGCGACUACCUGCGGGUCUGGCGCGUAAAUGACUCGGAGCCCCAGCUCGAGUGCCUGCUCAACCACAACAAAAAUUCGCGCUUCUGCUCCCCCCUCACCUCCUUCGACUGGAACACCAUCGACCCCCAUAUUCUGGGCACGUCGAGCAGCGACACCACAUGCACCAUCUGGAGCCUGGAGACCCGCCAGGUGCUGGGCCGCGUGUCGGGCCACGGGCAGGCCCAGUUCAUCGCCCACAACAAGGAGGUCUACGACAUCGCCUUCGGAGAGAGCCGAGACGUGUUCGCCUCGGUGGGUGGGGAUGGCUCCCUGCGGCUCUUCGACCUGCGCAGGCUCGACCGCAACAGCGUGCUGUAUCGGGAGCCCCGGCGCAUGCCGCUGCUACGCCUGGCCUGGAACACGCAAGACCGCAACCGCCUGGCCACCCUGGCCAUGGACUCUACCGAAGUGGUCGUCCUCGACCAGCGCAGGCCUUGCGUGCCCAUGAUCCGUCUCAACCGCCACAGGGCCAACGUCAACGGGCUCACCUGGGCGCCCCACACCCCGGGCCACAUCUGCACCGCUUCCGAUGACCGCCAGGCCCUCAUCUGGGAUAUCCAGCAGGAGAACGGUGCUGCCGUGGAUCCCAUCCUUUCCUACACCGCCGACGGGGAGAUCAACAACGUCCAGUGGGCUGCCAACCAGACCGACUGGGUAGCCAUCUGCUACAAAAACUUCCUGGAACUCCUCCGAGUCUAA